AUGAAGAGUUGUAAAGAGGUUUUCAUUGAUCAGAAGUUUUUCGAGUUUAGGAAGGAAAAUCAUAGGUGGUGGAAAAUCAUAGAAAGUAGUCACCGUGUUGUGAAAUACAUAGCCUUAGAUAAUGAACCUAUGGGGUGGCUGGGUGCUAUGGUGAGGGAGUGUGCAGUAUCAAAGGGUGUUCAUGAGUUUCUGAGAACUCGUAGAAUAGGAGACACGGUGCUAAUGGUACGGAAGGGACAUAAUUACAAUGGCAAUUUCAUGUCUCUCUUGGAGUUUGGUCGUGAUAAGAGGAGAGGUUUGAUUGUUGUGCCGGAAGGUAGGAAGGGGGAGGGGUGGAGAAAUUUCGGUGAUACAUUAAUGGAACUCCAUGCAUCUUCUGGUUUGUGCAAGAGAACCAGAGCACUUUGUGUUGUUCAAGCAGAUAACUUGAAGAUGAACAGAGGAGAUGGUGGGGGCGUUCCAUCGUACAGUGAGGUGCUUUAG